AUGAUACGAGGAUCGAUGAGAGCGGACUCAUUUGUCUACUCAACAUGCAGCGGUGGGCUGCAAAUUGAGCUCUGUGUUCACACGUGGAGCUUUGUUCACCGAGAUGACAAGCUAAGCGUUGGCUUGUUCCCAGCUGUCGAUUCCAUCAAGAGAAGAGCUCGGCACCAUAAGGCAGGGACAGGAAGCCUUGUUCAAGUUUUCAUGAUUACUUACCGACUGGGCUUCGCCCCUUCUUGA